GCUAUUGGUGCGGGCCUAAUGGGUGAAAUUGAUGGCAUAAAUGCAAAACUUGUUGCUAGUUCUCCGAACGCGGUGAUCUCACAGUGCAAAGCGCGAGACUGACUGCUUCCAGCAGAAAGAGGAGUAGGCUACACCGAAGACGCGAGCCGGAGAAGUAAGUGGCUGAAAGACAGCGAGGGCAAGGGAAAACGAGAGGAGCUCGGUGCUUUUGCACGUAGCUAUUCUCAGAGCAAAUGUCCAGGACCGGGAAAACACACUUGUCAAGCCGCGCCGUGGUGGUGGAGUAUGGAUAAAUUUCGCUCUGCAUGACUCAUCCGCGAACACGAACGAUAAAGGGACCUUUUCUCUGCUGGAUUGCACGAACAAAAACGUGGACGUCUAAUUCAUUUUUAUUUUUAAUACAAUUCGUUCGAGAAACCAAGGGAAUUUCUAAAUUAACGAAUAACUUUUUGGAUUUUAAAAAUAUAAAUGGUGUCUAUUUCAUCUUAAUUCAUAUUUGUACCCUUGCACGUUUGGGACUGAGGUCAGGAUGGGGUCUUUAACUCGGACCCUAGAUUGCUUGUACCGGGACAUUUGAUAACAACCUGGAAUAUUUUCAGCGACAAUAAUAGGCAGCCGAACCCUCACAUAACGCGCUCAUUCCAGCGCUGCCGUGGUCUGGGCUACCUGUCACCACAAGUCUCGGGAAGAUAAUUUUAACUUCUGUUUUAAAGAAGGAAUGCUUGCAGCAAUACGCGAGCAAACAUAAUUAGUUCAGGAACAUUUAGUUUGCAAAUGACAAUUGCAAGUGCUCGAUGUGCAACGUGCAUCUGAAAGUAGGCACUUUAAUUUACAGCGAACGGUCAAGGAAUUCUAUCGCUUCUGAACUUCAUGAUACAGGGCGCGAGAAAGGAUGUAUUUUUUUCUUUUUUGAGCACGCAUAGCCGGCGGGUGGACGUGCCUUUCCCCUGUUUUGUGGCUUGCAGUUUGGUUAGUUUUGUUUGAAGAAGAGAGUGAACAACUCGUUUAAUUCUUUUUCUUUGCGAAGCAAAAUGUGAAGUUCGGUGCGAGUUUUCCCCCACCGGUUUUAUUCGUAGAGUUUUGUUUUAAGACUAAUGCUGUUUGGAUUGUUUUUGUGCGCCUCAAUUCUUUGUGAUUACUUCAAAUUAAUUUGUUUGGGGGGGAGAAAACAUCCGUUUUCUCCUCAUUUUUUGUCUUUAUAAACGGGGGAAGGAGAUUUACAAAAAGGAGACCGUGCCAACGACAGCCGAGCACCGGGCUGUCAUGCGGGAUUGAUCCCGGGGAGCUAUGUUUGGGCUGAAGCAGUUUGGGUCUCAGAUUGACGGCAGAAUCUGUGUCCAAGGAGAGCGAAGAUUAAACCAGCCGAGACUGAACAUGAAUUCCCACUUCAAGAGCGCGGGGUUUCAUGCCGGAGGGCCGCCCGUGUCUGCGGAGCCAGGCAUGGGUCCCCUGAACGAGCCUCCGAUGCUGGGACUCGGCAUGAACGUGAGCGCGGAGCAAUACGGCUUCCACCAGCGGGGCCAGGCGGACAUGCACGCGGGGUCUCUGCAGCAGCAGCAGCAGCAGCAGCCGCAGUCCCAGAUGCACACAUUCUUCAACAGCAACAACAGCCAGCAACCCCACCACCACGGGCACCCCCACCAACAUCAGCACCAUCCCCACUUUGGAAGCACUUUCGCGGGGCCCGACCCCGCUGCAUCCUGCCUGCACGGGGGUAGGCUUGUGGGCUACGGCGGGGCCGGCGGGGGCAUGGGGCCCCAGCAGGGAUUCGGGGAGGGUUUUGACCCUCUCGCCGAGGGCCAGGCGGGGGAGGGGUUCCCCCAGCAGCAGCAGGCCGGCAGCAUGCCCGACUUCCAGCACCACGGCCCGCCCGGAAAUGGGCACGCGGUGCCCGCCCCCUGCCUCCCGCUGGACCAGUCGCCCAACCGCGCCUCCUCCUUCCACGGCCUCCCCUCCUCGUCCGAGGCCCACGGCCUGGAGCCCCGCAGGCUGCCCCCCCAGGGCAGGGUGGAGGGGCUGGACUACGGCUACCCCACCGAGCCGCCCCCGGGGCAGUUUGACAUGCCCGUGUUCUCCCCCGCCGAGUCCGACUCCCACCUCCCGCACUACGGUGGGCGCCAGGCGGUCAACGGCAACUUCCCCGGCAACCCCGGGAUUUCCCGCGGAGGGGGAGUGCUGGGCCCCUCCAAGGUGCAGCAGCAGCAGCAGCAGCAGCAGCAUGGCGCGUACUUCGAAAGGCUGGGGAAUGGGGGCCGGAAGCGGGCCGUGGGGGUGGAUUUGGGGGCGGGCGCCAGGCACCCCCUCAUGCAGCAGCAGCAGGCGGAGAUGCUGGCCAGACAGGGCUCCUGCCCCGGGGGGUUGCCCCGGCCGCCCCACGCCGAGCCCGGCCCCGGGAACCCCGGCAUGCAGGUGGGCGGAGUCAUGAUGCCUAACCAGCACAACCAGUUUGAGUACCCCGUCCACAGGCUGGAGAGCCGAAAUAUGCACCCCUACGGGGACCAUAUGUUCAGCAUGCAGCAGCAGCAGCAGCAGCAGCAGCAGCCUCCUCCCCAGCAGCCCCCGAACCAGAGACUGCAACACUUCGACGCCCCCUACAUGAACGUGGGGAAGAGGCCCAGGUUCGACUUCCCCGGCGGCCACGGCGGGGACGGCUGCGGGGCCUGGAACGGCGGGGGCAUGGAGAACCACCUCUCCCCUUCCGCGUACCCCGGGCUUCCCGGGGAGUUCACCCCGCCCGUCACCGACGGGUUCCCGCCCCUGCAGCACGCGGGGCCAGAGCAGCACGCCCUGCAGCAGCAGCAGCAGCAGCAGCAGAACGCGGCCAUGAUGAUCAAGCAAAUGGCCUCCAGGAACCAGCAGCAGCAGCAGCAGCAGAGGAUGAGGCAGCCCAGCCUUCAGCAGCUGGGUCACCAUGGCGACGUGCCUCAGAACGGCAUGGCGCACGGCGGGAGCCUGCCGCAGCCGCACUUCGAGCGGGACGGCGGGGGGAGGAUGGGGAACUUCGAGCCCCAGAACCCCCACCUGCCCCCGGAGGGCUGGUUCCCCGGCCCCCACCAGCCCGGGGAGAUGCUCGCGCGGAGGAUGAGCGGCUCCUCUGGGCCCGGGGAGGCCAGCCCCCACGACAUGGGAGGCCUCCAGAACGGCCAGGGCCUGCUCUUCCGGCCGGGGGUGAACGGGGUGGGCUUGGGGGACCCGGUGCGGAUGCCGGCGGACGGGCACGUCCAGGCCCUGCACUCCCCCGGCCUGCACUCGCAGUUCGGCGGUAACGGCGCCAUGGCGGGCCUCCAGCAGAUGCAGUCCCCCGGAGCGGGCGUGAUGCACCCCAACGCGCCCGUGGACAGGCGGCCCGCCGAUUUCGCCGCGCCCCCCAUGGGGGCUCAGCCCGCCUUCCCCUUCGGCGGGGGGAGCCGGCAGGGCCCGUCCCACGGCAGCCCCCCGGGGAUGACCACCUCGCCCCGGAGCUACCCGCCCCUGCCCGAGUUCCCGCCGGGCCAGCGGCCCUCGGUCAGCAAGCUGGGGGCGCUGUCGCUGGGCAGCUUCAGCAAGGCCGGCGCCAAGGACAACGUCUUCGGCCAGAGCUGCCUGGCGGCGCUCUCCACCGCCUGCCAGAACAUGAUCGCCAGCCUGGGGGCCCCCAACCUCAACGUGACCUUCAACAAGAAGAGCCAGGGCGAGGGCAAGAGGAAGCCCAGCCAGGCGGAGCAGGAAGUGAGCGGCGGCGGCGCGGGCGGGGCUAGCGGCGCGGGGGCGGAGUACUUCCAGAGCGCCGCUUCUCAGAGCGGCCCGAUGGCGGGAGCCGGGAGCAGCGGCGGCAAGCCCGCCGGUCAGACUGCGCAGGGGGAAGCCAGCGCCCUCUCCCCAAACUACAGCAUGGACGCGGCCCCGGGGGGCGAGGGGAAGCUGGGAGGGGGGAGCGGGCGAGGGAGGGGGAGGAGAAGACGGGACAGCGAGCACGCCAGUCCCGGGAUUUUUUUUCCCUCUGAGGGGUGCCACUCCGUGGUGAGCCCGACCCAGCAGGGGCCCCCGGCGGGACUCGGGGAGAGGGGGGGCGGCGGCGGCGGGGGCGGGGGCACGCCCCACGAGAAGCCCCUCACGUCCCCGUCCUGGGGCAAGGGGGCCGGUGAGCUGCUCCUGGGGGACCAGCCGGACCUCAUGUCCUCGCUGGACAGCGGCAUCCAGAGCACCGCCAAGUCGGACGCCAGCUCCCCGCGCGUGGACUUCCCGGACGACGUGGGCGCCGCCCCCGUCGGCUACGGCAACAACAGCAACGACGACGACGCCGUCUCCUCCAGCUCCGACACCAACGCCAAGCCCACCCGCAGCCCCCUGGUCACCAGCUCCCCGAAAAUGCAGAGGUGCGAGCACGGGCCGGCGCACGGGCAGAAGCAGCAGCAGCUGGGCGUGGGCGUCGCCAAUCACUCUACCUCCGCGCCCGACGGCUACGGCUGCGGCGGCCACCCCGCCACCCCCGGCGUGGAGCAGGUGCGCACGCCCUCCAGCACCUCGGGCCAGGACGACAUCCACCCGCUGGAGAUCCUGCAGGCGCAGAUCCAGCUGCAGCGGCAGCAGUUCAGCAUCUCCGAGGACCAGCCGCUGGGCGCCAAGGGUGCCAAGAAGGCGGCGGACUGCCCCAGCGGACAGAGCGGGGACGGCGAGCUGGCGCACUGCAGCCCGGACCCCGGGAAGGGCGCCAUGGGCAGCAUCGACCUGGACACCCUGAUGGCGGAGCAGCACGCCACCUGGUACGUGCCCAGCGACAAGGCCCUGAUGGAGGGGCUGGAGGACAGCAAGUCCCUGGCGCUCUGGGACAAGACAAAGACGCAGAGCGGCAGCAAAGAAGGUGCUGAGUCUCCCCAGGUGAAGGGCGUGGCCGGGGCGGGGCCUGGAGCGGGCGUGGGGGGCGGGGGCCACCUGCAGUGCCUGUCGGUCCACUGUACGGACGAACUGGGGGAGGGAAAGGCGCGGGGGGGCCCCGUCCCGUCCUGGCGCUCCCUGCACUCGGACAUCUCCAACCGGUUCGGCACCUUCGUCGCCGCCCUCACCUGACCCCGCCCACCCAUGGACAUCGUCGUCAGGGGCGACCGUGCCGACGAGGGGCAGGGCCGCUUGGGAAAGACGCAGAUCGGCCAAUCAGGCCUGCAGAAGCGGCCUCACCUGGAGACCUCAGACUGAUCCUUUUUUUUUUUUUUUUAAGAAAAUCAACAAAAUAUUACAAAAAAAAAAUAUAUAUAUAUAUAAGGGACUGGAGAGGGGUGGAGGAACCAUAUACAAUGGAAAUGGCUGUGGCAGUAUGAUACCAGUGUUGUUUAUUACUGUUUUUUCCCCCUUUGCUGUAUUAUUAUUAUUAUUUUUAUUUAAAUUCCAAGCGAGUAUUUCUGUUAACACGCUCGUUUUCAUAAUUUCCCUAACAUUUAUCCUGAACCGGCAGACAGGAGGAAGCGUUGAUCUCCACGGUGAUGUUCUCUCUGUCUGUGUCCCCUGAGCAACCUCGCGUCUGGAGUUCUGACGUCUGUUCCCCUGGACUACAGCAGGCUAGCGCAGGCUCGCGCCCAAACCUUCUCAGCUGCUGCCGCUUGCUUUCCAAGCUCCUUGAGUUCGGCCCCUCCCACAACUUGCUGCCAGUGGUCAUCGCCGCUGAUCAGCUCGCGGUCUAAGAGGACAGAAAUCAUGAAGUGGGGCGGGGCGGAGGAGGGGGGGCUGCUUGUGUUGACAUGGCAACCGCUGUGGAGGCAUUGAACGGUACCGCUUACAGCGAGCGCGACUCCAUAGCAACGGGCCUAGCGCACGCCUUGUGUUGGUGUUGAAGGUGUGCUACGUCUGGCCCCUCCCAAUUUGGGCUUCUUCAUUACGCAGGGGUAGGAGUUUCCGCUCUUCCAAGCCCUCGAUUAAGAAACUGAGCGAAAGUUUCAUCUCUGAUAUCGGUUGUACCACACUUACAGGGGCCUGGAUAGUGCGAGUAUGUGUGUGAGACACUCCAGAGUGGAGCCUGAAUGGGCCCCAUCAUUACAAGCAGCAAGUGCCUGGCAUUGCACUGAGGGAAACGGCACUUCUGCGGGUCCCUACCCCCACCCUCACCCCCACCCCCCCCCUUUUUUCUGGCUUUAAAAGGCAAACGGAGGUCCUCUCCGUUCACUGCUCCUUUAUUUGGAAUCCGAUAUUCUUUCACUUUUUGCCAAGAUCUCCCAUUGUGCGCCUGCUGGGCUCUCUCUCUCUCUGCCCCCCCCCCCCCUCCCCAAAGGGAAUCCCAUUGUCCCUGUGAGACGCCAGGACUGGGUUUAGCUGCGCUAUUUAAAAGGGCUUUAAUUGACAAACAGAGCUGGUCUUUUCAGGCUUUUUGGAAUGGCAGUGCCUCAGUGUGCCAGCCUGAGCUACAAAGGGCAGCCAUCACAGAACACAAAGACUACAACCCACAAGCCCAAGAUACUCAACUCCAGGCCGUGAAGCCAGUAGUUGCUGCUGGUUUUUCUUUGCUACCUGAUUAAUUGAGUCUUGAAUUGAUUGAUUAAUGUCACUGAUUGACCAGAGAUACCGCUGGUGGCCCAGGUCCAGAUCAGUCUCUGGUUGGAGGGGAAGAAUGGAAGACCAGCGGUACCACUGGUACCAGGCCCAGAUUUGAGGAUCUCUGCCACAAGCAGUUAUUUUAUUAUGGGAACAGAAACCUCCUUUAUGACUGGUAUUCUGAAAAAUUAUUUAAGGGAUGAUGUCUUUCAACACAAAGGUUUCUUUCCAAAAUGUCUCCUCUUCCUGUUUUUACAGUUUCCUGGUCUUCGCUGCUUUCUUUAUGGACGUACGUAUUUGCCAAAAGCUGGAGGUACAUUAUUUGUAACUGCCCUUAUUUUUCUUAAUAUUUGUGCAUAAAUUCCUUAAAUUUGAGGGAAUUUAUUGUUUGUUUGUUUUAGUUUUUUUUUUUUUUUUCAUUUUUGGUCUUGUCAUCCCAACACUGGUAUAGGACUGCCUGGGAGACUUUGAGAGAGGGAUCACUUUUCAAGGUUUUAAGGAAAUGAAAUAAGGCAUUGGUAUUGCACAUGUAAGAUAAGAAGACAUAUGCUGUGUGUUAGGCAAUCUUGUAAUCUUUAAAGAAAUCAGUUCAGAUGAUCUUGGGAAAUGAUAGACUGAGGACUGUAAGGGCAACUCACAAUCUGAGUUUAUUCUUUUUUUUUUAGAAAAGAUGUGUUAAGUGCAGUCUUCUGUUUUCCUGCAUAUUGUAUAUAUCUGUAUAUGUUUUAUUGAGCAACUAAAUAACAAUAAAUAUGAUGUUAAUGGUGA